AUGUUUCACAAAAAGCUGCACAGGCUUCUGGCCACCCGGCCCAAUGUUGAGGCUCCGCCACCAGAGGGGCCCGAGUCCAAGCGUUUACCCCUAGUCGUACAGUCGUACACAGGGACUAGUCCGUUGGCGGGAGACAGGGUGUACCUACACCUGCUGCAGGAUGGAGGCGACGCCACCGCCGACGGCAAGGGCGAGGGGGGCGACGAGCUUGCGACAUUGCUGAACUUAUGCCCGCUCACACGGCAGAUGAUUCAGGCGCUGGGGCAGGUCAACAUGCAGGCCUGGUCGCCAGGCCAGCGGGCCACCUUUGUAAGGAAUCUUGAAGCGCCUCUCAUCAGCAGUCGAGCAGGAGCACUGCUUGAUGUCACAAGCUGGCUGCCCACCCACCGCGGUGUACAGGACCCCACGGAGUGCAUCGCACUGCUGCUGCAGAGUACAGGCCUGGGUGACAGCAGUGGCAACACAGAUGCCAUCACCGGCCCUUCCACCUUUCCCCAUGCUGCACAAUUGCUAACACCGCAAGUGCCAACAUCACCGAUGUCGACUGACGGGGGCGCCAUGCAGACGCCGCUGGUUCCUUUCCAUGCGGGGAUGGUGGGCACUAUCGUCAGCACCACUGGGGACAUGACCAGCACAGAGCCACCCGCCGCCUCCUCCCCACAACUCCCCGCCGGCAACUCUCCUUUCUCGGCAAUGGGCCGAACCACCAACCACCAGCUUGGAGCCGGGUCUUUCACCGCUGCUGCUGCCGGACAACCCACAACGAACCGCGGGUGGCCGCCACCGCCACCGCCAACGCCAACGCCAGCGGCUCCAGGGAAUCCCGCCGGGGAUGGCCAUAACUAUCAGGAGCAGCAGCAGCAGCGGCGGCAGACGUCGUUGUUAUCGGAGUUGCGGUCUCAGCUGGCUGAUCGGGGUGUAGACUUGCCCGAGGAUGUGCUGCCCGGGGAGUGGCACCGGGGGCUCUGUCCCUUCUGUGGGGGUGAUGAAGGUCGGGAGCCGCUGUCCUUCAAUCUGAUUGUGUCGGAAGACGCCCACUUCGUCUACUACCGCUGCUGGCGGUCCAAUAAGUGCGGCGUGGAGGAGACGGUGUGGGCCGAGUCUGUACGGAGGGGCCUGCAGAGGAGGGAUGUACGGCAGGCAGCACCGAAGCCACAGGAUCUGGGGGUUGAUGAAGGCAAGCGAGAGGAGCUGGACGAAGACGCCCUGGCGUACUUCGCGGCCCGCGGCAUCCGCCCGGAAACACUGCGCGUCGCGGGUGUGUUCCAGACACGGCGCGUGCCCCAUCCCCUGCAGCCGGGGACCCUGCUGGAGCGUGUGGUGGUGUACCCGUACUACAAGGACGGCGUGCUCCUGCCCGGUGCGGAGCGGGUGCUGUGGGGCCUAGAUCAAGUGGCGUUUUCCCGGGUCAUCCGGGAGCACAGGGAGCGGAUGCGGGAGGCCAGGAGGCCGCCGCUCGCGAGGGGGAGGCAGCGAGCAGCGGCGGCGCCGGCGGCAGAGGUGGUGGCGGCGGCGGCGGGAGCCGGGUCGGCAGGCGGUGGCGGGAACGGCGGGAUUGGAGGAGGUAGAGUGGUGGGGGUGGGGGGAGCAGCGGUGGCGUGGACGGCGGCGAGUGGGCGGCAGCAGGCGGAUCUGGCGGCGGCAGGUCAGCCGGUGGUGACGAAGGGAGCUGGGCGGGGAGAGGAGGAGGGGGAGGAGGAGGAGAACGCGUAUGGCGUGGCCGAAGGGAUGUACAACAUGAGUGGAACUACGUAUGGGUUGAGGGAAGGGAAGGGGGAGGGAGAGGGGGAGGAUCUGAUCGGAGGAAUCGGGCGAGAUGAGUACGAGGAGGAGGAGGAAGGGUACGAAGAGGUCGACGAGUACGAGCAGCGUGGUCGGGCAGACGAGUACGAAGAGGAGGAAGAGUACGAGGAGGAUGAAUACUGCGAGUACGAGGAGGAAGAGUACGAGGAGGAAGAGUACGAGGAGGAAGAGUACGAGGAGGAAGAGUACGAGGAGGAAGAGUACGAGGAGGAAGAGUACGAGGAGGAAGAGUACGAGGAGGAAGAGUACGAGGAGGAAGAGUACGAGGAGGAAGAGUACGAGGAGGAAGAGUACGAGGAGGAAGAGUACGAGGAUGUGUACAAUGACAACAUCAGCUGUGGCGGCGAGGCGGAGGAUGAGAGUGACGUCGCCGGCACUGCAGCGGCGGCGGGUGCGGGUGCGGCAGCAGCGGAUGGAUUUGACGAUGGGGGCAGCAUGUCCAGGCCUGCUGCUGCUGCCGCUGCUGCUGCUUACGGCGCCGCCUACACCCCCGCCGCCGGCCCCGCUGACGUGGCCUCCCCCACCGGCCCCAGCAGCACCGCCCUGCUGGAUGUCAUUCUGGUGGAGGACGAGGUGGAGCGGCUGUGCAUGAUGGAGGCCGGUGUUCACAAUGUGUUAUCCCUACCCCCCCGUGCCGUGCUGGACUACCACAUGCACUCCGAAGAGCUCAAGAACCGCGCUAGGGCCAAGUCCGGGACCAGGGGCCGGGGCCGGGGCGGGGCUGGAGGCGGCAGCGGGGGUGAUAAUGGUGGCGGUGGUGCUGGUGUGUCUCUUCCGGCCGCUGCGUCAUCGGGGUCGGGCGCUGUCACGAGCUACAUGUUAAACAGCAGGACGGUCCUGUGUCCCGAGCCCGGUGUGGUGGGGGGUAUGGUGCGGGUGACAUUGGCGCUGAGGGAGACACGGGAGAGCAGGAUGCUGGCGGAGGAGCUAGCCACGGAGCUGUCAAGGGAACGUUGUCGGGUGCUCCGCUGGCCCGCGGAGGAGGCGGAGCUGCCGCCGUGCAGCCGUGCACGGCAGCAGCUAGAGAUGACGUGGCCGGCGUACGGCACCGACCCGGGCGAGUACUUUGACCCCGGUCCCGAUUACCUCAGAGAGGACUUUGCGGAGGAGGUGAUGUCGCAGAUACCGGCGAUGCAGCAGCAAACGUCCUUGUCGUACACGUACGGCACUGCAGGGAUGCCGUACGUGCAACCGGCCCAGGGAGCUCAGCUACAGCAACCGUCGCAGCAAGAGCAGCAGCAGCAGCGGCAGCUGCAGAGGGAGGGUUCGGUUUCGGCUCUGCGCAGCUGUGCGGGUGAUGUGUUGUUGGAGGAUGGUCGGGAGGCGCUGAGGUGGCUUGUGGAUGCCGCCCGGCCGUACCCUGUACGGGGUCUGGUGGACGUCACCGGCCUGUGGGGAGAGUUGCUUCAACACUGGUACGGCAAGGAGCAGACUGCGGCGGGUGUGUCCACGGGCUGGCCCGGGUUGGACGAGCUGUACAAGGUGACUCCAGGGGAGCUCACGGUGGUCACAGGUGUUCCUAACAGCGGCAAGUCCCACUGGCUUGAUGCCCUGGCCGUGCAGCUGGCCAGUGGGGCGGGGUGGAGGAUUGCUUUCGCCAGCUUUGAAAAGAGCAUCACACGACAUGCGCAGAACCUGAUCGAACUGGCCGCACCCCGUUGCUUCUCUCCCGCACCGCCUGGGAGUUUGCUGAUGUCGAUGCUGGCUGCCGGUCCUAUCCAUCAUACACAGAAGCCCAUGUUCAGCUCCCAGGGUUUUCCCCUCAUGAGCCCCGGGGAAUUCCAGGAGGCCCUCAACUGGAUCAACGAACAUUUCGUACUUAUACGACAUGCUGACAUGGCGGACGAAUUUACCGCAGUAGCAGCCGCGGGCGGUCGCUCCGGGCCCGCCGGCCGCGAAGGCAUCCCGGCGGAGGGUGAUGCAGCUGAUGAGGGGGAUGCGGAUGUCGGGGUGGUGGAGGAGGAGGAGGAGGCGGGUGGGCCCCGCCAGCCAUGUACCAUUGACUGGGUGCUGGCUCGAGCCACUCAGGCGGUGUACAGGUACGGCAUUCGCGGCUUGGUGAUUGAUCCAUACAACGAGUUGGAGCAGCGGCGGGGCGCACAGACCGAGACCGAGUACGUGAGCGCCCUGCUAGGCAAGGGAAGUGGGCGGGUGAAGCGGUGGGCUCAGCGGCACCUGGUACAUGUGUGGCUUGUGGCGCACCCCAAGUCCAUGGAAGAGUGGGACGGAGGACCGCCCACCAUGUACGACAUAUCCGGAUCAGCCCACUGGUACAACAAGGCUGACAUGGGGAUCGUGGUGCACAGCUCGGGUCUGGUCAGACGUGGUCUUUUCCCCAGAGCCGCUGCCAGCAUCUGUUCUCCCUGCCUUGGGCCCAAGUGUGCAUACGAGCGCGCAUCAAUCCUUCCCUCCCCCCUCUCUAGCCCCCUGGAUCUGAGCAUUGAGUCCGAAUGGGUGCUAUUCUUGCUUUUUCCCGCGCUCGGGGGACCCCGGGGUAACAGAUACACACGAGUGGCUAUUGACGCGGCUUUGCGGAAGCGCCAGAUGGCGGCAUCGGGGCGGAGUGGCAAGCCGUUGCAAAUACCCUGGCGCGAGAACGAGACGCUGAUCAAAGUCCUUAAGGGUUCGUAUGUUGUUUAUUUGUCCACCGGUGCGAUAAUGCAGGCGCGUAACAAAACCAGUGGGGCGCAAGGUGAUUACACGCUGGAAUACGACAGGGAGCAGUGCAAGUUUCGGGACCCGCUUGUGGAGCCGAGCCGGCACUAG